AUGGUCAUGCCCUCGCACCCCAACGCCUCCGCCCCCGUGCUCUCGCACUUCUCCCUCGCCGGCAAAGUCGCCGCCGUGACGGGCGGCGUGCGCGGCAUCGGGCUCGCCGUCUCGCAAGCCCUCGUCGAGGCCGGCGCGCACGCCGUCGCCAUCAUCUACGCCUCGACCCCGGACGCCGACGCCGCCGCCAUCGCGGCCGACCUCGCCGCCAAGAGCGGCGCCGGCAACACCGCCGUCCGCGCGUACAAGUCGCGCGUCGAGGACAAGGCCGACAUCACGGCGACGCUGGAGCGCGUCGCCGCCGACUUUGGCCGGCUGGACGUGGUGGUCGCGAACGCGGGCAUCGCCGACAUGGCGCCCGCCGAGGACGUGGCCGAGGAGAAGUGGCGGCGCGUCAUGGGCGUCAAUCUGGACGGCGCCAUGUACACGGCGCAGGCGGCGGCGAACGUCUUCAAGCGCGCGAAGGAGAGCGGCAAGGAGGACGGGAAUUGGGCGGGCAACGUCAUCUUCACGGCGAGCGUGAGCGCCACGCUGGUGAACAUCCCGCAGAAGCAGGCGGCGUACAAUGCGAGCAAGGCCGCCGUCGUGCACCUGGCCAAGAGCUUGGCCGUCGAGUGGGUCGAUUUUGCGAGGGUCAACUGCGUGAGUCCGGGGUUUAUUGAUACCGAGAUCCUGUUGUUGCACCCGCCCGAGAUGAGGGACAAGUGGCUCGACAUGAUCCCUGGCCAUCGGAUGGCGGACGCGCAAGAGCUGAAAGGCGCCUACGUCUUCUUGGCUAGCAACGCAAGCACUUAUAUGACUGGGGCAAAUCUCAUCAUUGACGGCGGCUACACUUUGCCAUGA